GAAGGGAAGACAGACCUUAUAAAAACAGAUGUGAUCCAGACGUUUCCAUUACAUUUGAAUUUCAGCAACUUAGAAAUGACGUAUCGAGAAUUUGUUCCUUCUGAUCCGUAAAUUUUGUUGCAAUAACAAACCGUGUUAAAUCAGUGGAAGAAUCUAGAUUCUAGUAGCAAAGAUCUUUAGUGAGUUUAAAAGAUAAUCAACACACUACACAACAAUGCAAAUAAUCUUGAUACAACCAGGCAGCCAAGCUGCCUUGAGUUUGGGUCAAACUCAUCAAUUUGUCAGUAGUUCGUCUUCAACAAAUGGAGAAGGUUCUGAAAUCGACUGUGAUUUCAGUGGAGAGGACAACUGUCAGAAGCCUGCCCGGAAGAGGCAGAGAUUGGACCACAUGACAGAACAAGAAAAAUUCUUGAGGAGAAAAAUGAAAAAUCGGGUUGCAGCACAGACUGCUCGAGACAAGAAGAAAGCCAAAAUGGACGAACUUGAAGAUGUUGUUAUCAAUCUCAGAGCAGAGAACAAUCGCCUGAAAGCUGAAAACCAGCAACUACUGGCAGAAAAUGCAAGAUUAUCUGGCAUUCAAACCCCUCAUGUAGAAGAAGUUUCCAAAUCCAUGGAAAGGAUGUAUCCUGUUAAGUCAGCCGCACUUAUUAAUGGACCUCUGCCGCAGGGACAGGGUUACAUCCCAUCUUUGGUUUUGAGAAUGUUUCUACAUCUGAUGCUGAUUCUGCAAUCCCCUUCAUCAGCUCAGUUAUUAAAAUUGAACGGACUGAAAAUGUCUGCCUUGCUCGACAACGCACACAGCCAGUGGCUGUCCGAGCAACAGUUCAAAAACCUUACAAAAACAUCAAAGCAUCAACAGUUGUCAAUAACACUAAAAUUGACGAAGCACCCGCCGUAACAACGAAAGCAGCUGAAGGAAAAAUAGAUAUUCUAAACUGGCUUACCAAAGCUGUGCUGGAAAGUGAUGAAACUGAAACUGAAAACUUGUCAUUCCCCACAAAUACCGAAAAUGUUGACUUUGAUUUGCUCGAGUAUGUUGAGGCUUCAUGCAAUGACAUCACUUUAGACGAGAAGAUCAUCGACAGUCUAAUGUCCUUUGAAACACAAACAAUUGUUGAUUCCUCCAAUGAACAUUUAAAAUCUUUCCCCGAUAUUCGAGACUGCAAUGACGAUUUACUUGAGCGGGCAGUUGAAUGCCCAGAUUCGCCUUUUUGCAAGUCAGAGGAAAUAAUCGACUAUGUCGACCACACAAAUAGUAUUUCUGGCUCACCCAUCUUUGAAGAAAAUAUGCAAGAACCUGAUUGGCUGUCUACAUGGGACUGUGUCGUCUAAACUUUUAAAUUGGCCAUUGCGUCCUAUAUUAUUCGAACCUACCUAAGUUAUAUGUUUUUGUAUUUUCGUUUUUGUGUGUUCAUUUGUUCCAUUUCAAAUGAGAUAAAUGCAUAAUUAUUUUUUUUUUAAUUCGCCAAGAUAAUAAAGAACUAAAAUGUA